AAGAGGCAUUCAGCGAGGUUCGACCUGUGCAGAUAAGAAAACAAUGCCUGUUUCCACGUGGAAGCUGUGCAAGUGCUAUUGAUUUGAUCUGCUUUGCGGCUAUAGUUGGAUUGUUCAAGGAUUGAAAGUUCAGUGCUCAUUCAGAAUAUAAAGGGGCCAUUUGAAAUUGUCUUAUAGACGUCGGAGGGGCAGGCAUGAUGUAUUUGCUUUGGAUCAGUCACUGUUUUCUCACCAGCGAAACAAAGCCUGUGAAUAUUAUCAGGACAUGGAGCGGACAAUGUUCUCAUUUCUGAUUGUUAUUGCUCUGUCUUACGACCUGAGGGGUAAUAAAACCCUGUGGCCGCAAAUUCAGGCUCACAAAUCUACUGUAAGGAUUUACAGUUUUUCUCCAUUGCUUUGGCUCAUUUCAUGAAACAGAAAUGACAUUCUCAGAGCUCUAAGUGCAGUGAAAAUAGCCCAUAUGGUUCAGCACAACUACAUAGAUCACCUUCAAAAGGUCAUAUCUCACCCAAAACAGUUAACUCAAGUUUCAAAACCAAAUCAUUUUCUCAUAUAAAUAGUCAGUGCCCCCAAAAUGAAAAUUUCCUUCUCGUUUGCUGCGGCUCAUCUCUCAAAAUAACAUAGAUGGUUCAGCAAAUCUCCAUAGCACACCUGCAAAAGGUCAUAUCUCUCCCAAAACAGCCAACUCAUCAGUCAAAACUAAAUCCUUUUCUCAUACAAAUAGUCAGUGCCCCCAAAAUGAAAAGUCCCUUUGGCAUUGUUUAAACACUACAGGUCAAAAUGUUUAGAUGUUUUGUCAGUAUGGCAGUGGACCAUAGAAAUAUCCCUCAUGUGCACAUUUCAAUCUUGGCUCAGUCCUUGAAUGGUCACUGAAUGGUUACAGUAGAUGUUUUCUUUCCAGAAUACUAUGUGUAUCAAACAGAAAAAAGAUUUAUUCAAGGUUUCACAUAAAAUAUGUUUAUUGAACUCAUACUGCCAUGGGAAUUGAUACAAUAAUUGUCAUACAUCAUGCUUAAAGUAACAGAAAUCGGUACAGCACAAUAUACUGUCAAACAAUAAGCACAUCAAAACUAAAAUUUGGCUUGGUGAGAUAUGACCUUUUGAAGGUGAUCCAUGUAGUUGUGCUGAACCAUAUGGGCUAUUUUGCCAAUUGCACUUAGAGCUCUGAGAAUGUCAUUUCUGUUUCGUGAGAUGAGCCAAGGCAAUUGAGAAAAACUGUAAACUUACUGUGCGAUUGGUGAUCAGAUGUGUGAAACUCAACCUUGAUUACUAAACUUCUAGUUGCACCUGAAAAUGAAGCCGAUGAUCAAAGAUGUCCUUAUUACAGUAUAUACCAUGAUGUUUUUCAUGGUAUUAUGUGCCUGUACGAUUUUGACAGUGGAGUGAACUAUUGUGCAGGUGAUGAUGUACACAAUGAAAUUAUGCCAACAUGUUCUGCAGAGAACGACCACUUGACUGAGAAGCGACAGUCAGUUUUGACCAACAAUAUAUAUUCAAUUGGUAAUUGGGCUAACUGAAGGCAAUUGUACCUAACCAUUUGCAAAGGUGUGCUAAAUCAUUUGAAAUUUGUGCAAGCUGUUGGAAAUUGUACUUGUCAUUGCAAGGAUGUGCUAAUUCAAUUGCAAUUUGAUUAAAGGAAUGAGAUAUUCCAAUCUGUUGUGAACAAGUGCCCAGUGGUUAUGAGGUUUGCACGUGUUGUUUUGAGAAUGUCAUUUCUGUUUCGUGAAAUGAGCCAAAGCAAUGGAGAAAAACUGUAACAGCAGCUCCACGUGGGUAUUAAUAACACAAUUACACCUAAACACAAACCCACACACACACACAGCUUAUCUACUUCAGUCCCAGAAGCAUUCACGCAUAAACCCGCCAUCCUACUCCCCCCCUCCCAUUCUGUUGCACUGCCUGAGGAAGCCGCUGCACGCCGUGGUAGCAGGUGAUCGCCCUUAUUUGGUGAUGGCCCAGAUCAUGUGACCAGAAAAUGGUGGAAGCUGUGAUGUGUUUGUAAGCUGAGCAUCUCCAUCGAGAGGCUGGGGGAGCAGGAAAUAGGCAGGGAACUGGGAGCCACGUCCAUGCUCUGAGACGCAGGAGGACACACAAUCCCGAGCCCCGGCAGUGGUCCUCUGGGGAUGGACCUAGCAUCAGAGAGUAAAAUGAACUCUGAAGCGGGCGAAGGCCGACCAGUGCCUCCUACCUCUCUUCCCCUACAAGGAGGCCCGACCCAGAGGAAGAAGCUCUCCGCCCCUCGCAUCAGCCUUUCACUGGACCAGAGCGAGGAUGACUUGGGGGAAACGCCAGACGAUCUCGACAUCAACGUCGAUGACCUCGACACUCCUGAUGAGGGGGACUACCUCGACUACACGGACCAUGAAACGGACUGGGAAGACCCGAAUGCUGCCAGCAGGACUGGGACCAGUGAGCCUUAUGAAUCCAUCCCGACGUACAGCGCAGAGGAGGAGCGCCACGACGGGAAGCUGUGGAGGACGGUCGUCAUCGGGGAGCAGGAGCACCGCAUCAACAUGAAGAUCAUUGAGCCCUACAUGAGAGUCAUCUCCCACGGAGGCUACUAUGCCAAUGGAGUGAACGCCAUCAUCGUGUUUGCUGCCUGUUUCCUGCCAGACAGCGACAGAGAGGAGUACCAUGAAAUAAUGGAGAACCUCUUCCUCUAUGUGAUCAGCACCCUGGAGCUGAUGGUGGCGGAGGACUACAUGAUCGUGUACCUGAAUGGAGCCACACCCCACAGAAGAAUGCCUGGCCUCGGUUGGUUGAAGAAGUGCUAUCAGAUGAUUGAUAGAAGGCUCAGGAAGAAUUUGAAAUCCUUCAUUAUUCUCCAUCCAUCCUGGUUCAUCAGGACCAUUCUAGCAGUUACCAAGCCCUUCAUCAGUGCCAAGUUCAGCAGUAAGAUAAAGUACGUGAACAGUUUGGACGAGCUUCAGGAACUCAUCCCCAUGGAUUGCAUCCAGAUCCCAGAGUGCAUCAUUAGACUCGACAAGGAACUGAAGGCAGCAUCGGAGAACUCAAAAGUGAAUAUUUUCCUGCAGGGAUCGGAGCCAGCGGCGGCAGCAGCGGGCAGAACCGACCGAGCAAACGCAGCCGGUGCCAGCAGCUCUUAAACCCACACAUCCUCAACGGACGGGUCACCUUGGUGUUCAGGAAACACUGUCGUACGGCUGGAGCUGGAAAAGCAGAGGGUUGUUAAGCUAGUGUGUGUGUGUGUGUGUGUGUCUGUGUUUGUCAAUUACACAUCAGGGUUGAAUAUGAAAUCUCACCUCACAAUAGUUAACACGCAGAUGUCAUUCUGUCAGGCUGCUGCAGCGUCUUCUGUCCCUUACAUCUGCUGUUCAGAGAACUAUAGAGUCAGUGUGACGCUUGGCGGCGCCUACAGAGUAGCAUCGGUGUUCACGGUAGGUUAGGAAAUGCAAUUUACACCAGGCAGUGCACCGUGCAGAUCCAUUUCUAGAGACUAAAGUGUCAUAGUUGUGUGCAUGAGAAGCAGCGAGGCAAUAAUAGUCGCCCUUUACUGGUUCCACAGUAUCACCACUUCAGAUUCAACUUGUGCGUCAGCAAUCUACAAUAAAAGCACACGGGGACACCGUAAAGACCUUGUGCCAUAAAUGACCAAAUUAUUGCUUUUCAGCAAGUCAAAACCUCUGUCUUAACACUAAUGCUCUAAAACUGAAGAAUAUAAUUAAAAAUAGAUAUUUUAACUGAAGAGUUUAACUGAAACCAAGUAGGAGGAAAUUAAAUAUACAAUGAAGUUAUCCGUGCAAUGUGAGAAUAUAUCUUUAAAGCCAUGUUCUCUUGCCAGUGUGUGUGUGUUUUUUAUUGGAUCAAAUUAGGGUCAACAAAACUGUUUUUGUGCUUGUGCAAUAAAACUGUUUUGUGGCAGUAUAAAUUAUGAGUAGGUUUGAUUCACACUUGUGCUGGGAUGUUUUUUAACUGGUUUCACAAAAUCUGAGGGACGGCCGCACAAGUUACCAAUCUAUGCAUGUGACCCUGUAGUUACAGCUAAAAAAUCUGGACCCUAUUUUACUCUUAAGCCAAUCAGCACCAUUCCCACUGACCAACCAAUCAGAACGUUGCCCAUUGACCAUCUUUGUGACCAUGUUGAAUUCAGUAGCCCACCUGUGUCUCAGAGGAGUCCACCUCAUGUCCCAAUCAGAGACAAAAGGAGAAUGUUGUACACCUGCAGUGUUAUUUCCAAAGCAAAAAGUAUCAGUGGCCCUCAUUUGAUCCAUGUGUUUACAGUCGGUUCAUAACUGGGAAUAAUCUUCUCCCGGAUCUAAUGAAAAUAAAAGAUGGGGUCUCUGUAAAGCACAAUAUCAUCUAUAUACAUGUGUGUGUGCAUUUGUACAUCAGUGCAUGUCCCCACAUAGAUAACCGAUGGUCCUCUUAUCAAUGAGUCCUAUUAUGGUGUAGUAAUGAGGAUGUGCAGACAAAUUAUGGAUCACUGUCUAGUCAUUCAAUAAAAUGGACUUAAGUCUGAAUUAUGUUUAAA